GAAAAAAUGGAUACAAAUGUUUAGCAAUGAAGCUAACAACCGAUUCGAAUUACAUUCUAAUUGCUGAAAAUUGUGACAAUGCUUACCAUUCUCUUUGUCAGAAAGACGUCUCCGAUACAGAUGGCAUCCCAAAAAAAAAGGAAAAAAAAACAGUGGAUUCAAAAGUUAGUAUGUAUGUUGGAAUAGCAGUUUCACUGACAAUAUUGCUGAUAGUAGUGGUGGUUCUAGCUAUAUGUAUCCGAAGAAAAACACGUUACAUGCCAAAAGAGGUACCCACUGCACCUGAUGUGUAUUAUUCAACAGUGACAGGCGACCAGAUACAUGAAAACCAAUCUCAUACACCGGAUGGCGCGAACAAAGAUCAAAGUGAUGCAAAUCUAAUGAUUUCGGCAAAACAAAGCAACACAUACACAGAUAAUGAUCAGCAGGAAAUACACAAAAUGGGAUCAACAUAUGACCAAGCAGGGUUGCCUGAUAGCAAUGAGUAUGAUGUAUCAAGUACGAGCCAGAAGUACAGGUCGCAUGUUGAUGAAGAUGUCUGUUAUUAUGAUCACAAUAGAGAUUUUGAUACGGUGUAUGAUGAGACAGAUACACAUGGGUUAUUUCAGAGAAACGAGAUAAGUGAAAUAUAUAACCAUACUAGAGAAAUUAUUGAUGAUUAUGAUGUCUCCCACGCCUUUCGACAGCAAGGAGAGACUCAUAAUGAACCUGUGUAUUUCAAAUAGGAUUUCUAAUUCCAUGACAUCAUUAUUGAACCUGAAUGUGACAUUCACAGAAUAAAACUAUAACAGGUUUAUGACGUGCAUGAUAUAAAUAUAUUUUUUUGUAUUUUCCUAGCUUUUAAGAAAGUUGUGUUUGACCGUCUGUUGUUUUUGCAUUUAUAAUUGCAAGGCACAUUUCAUUCUCAUGUAUAAACUAUAUCUAUUAAGAUCAUAAGAUAAUAAACAAUUGAGCUUU